UAAUUGAUUUGACUGGUAUAUAAGAGAAACAUGUUUACACUGCGUCGUCUCAGUCAGCGCCUAUACCCAAAGCAAAUACAGCAUUUGAAAAUGUCACAGAUCGGUGAACUCGGCAGUGGUGCCGGCAAGGGCGGUGGCGGCGGGGGCUCUAUCCGCGAAGCUGGCGGAUCUUUUGGCAAAAUGGAGGCUGCCCGCGAAGAGGAGUUCUUCCACAAGCAGCAAAAAGAGCAGCUUAAGAACCUAAAGACCAAGACGGAAGUCAAGACUCCAGAUCCGGCCAAGAAAUGAGCAAUUUAAUCAACCAACUGAUUUGUAUUUAUUGAAAAUCUUUGUUAAAAAUAUAUACUAUGUAUGUUUAAA